UGUGACGAAUUCAAACCGCCCAUUUCCAGCUUGAUCCAAAGUCGCAACGAUGGCCACCGUCGCUGGUCCAUUUCUACGAACAUACCGAUAUCUGCAACGGGAAGCUCAUGAGAGGCCUGUCAUCUUCUACUCGCUCGUAAUGGGAAUCGGCGGUCCAGUCAUGGCGUACACCAUACCCUCCAUUCGAGAGAAAUACUUUGGCUACAAGCCUGCGGAAAGAGUUCCCAUAACUUACCCUCUGCCCCAGCGACCCCGACGACCGGUGCCACCAACAUAUGACGACUAACCGGAUGAGUUUGCCCCCAAUCCGUGGUAGAAGCUAUGUGUAGGAAAGAAUAAAUGCAACGAAGGUCUUUCGCAUGCCAACAAACCUAAGAGUGACAACGUCGGUUCCGACUUCACCCUUUGGGUUGAGAUUCUUUUAUAUCCAAAACUAAUGACAUCUAUCAAGCCUCAAUCUAAAUAUCUGUCUCUCCAGCACUUUUCUUCCCACCGCUUCCUGUCCCUUUGACCAUAUGCCAGAGCUCAGGACCAUCGCGAAUGAGCGCCUCAUAUACGGUCAACGUGACAAACAGCUGGAAAAACUCUGGAACAACUUACUAUGACAACUUCCACAGCAA